AUGGCGGUUUUUCUAGAUGUAAAUCCUAAUAUUUUUCCUUUACAAGACAUUUCAUCAGUUGUCAACGUUUUUAAACUGCAAUUAACAGCCGUCAAGGAACCAAAUUUAGCAUUUCUUUCAAUUGUAGCUGGUGCAGUUGAGAACUCUUUGACUUGUAACCGAAAUUUCACAGUAGAUAAGAAUGCAAAACUCGACAUAGGAAAGCUUCCAGCAGUGGAGUAUCAUAUUGUAGAAGCAUUGUAUAUGAAAUUUUGUGCUGUGAUUAAAGGAGCAGUUGAUUUAACAUUAUAUGGAAAUGGAAAAUACGCUUCUAGAGAGCUUGUUAAGAGAGUGUCUGAUGUUAUUUGGAAUUCCUUGACUCGUAGUUAUUACAAAGACCGGGCACACUUGCAAAGCUUGUUUAGUUAUUUAACAGGAAACAAAUUGGAUUGUUUCGGAGUAGCUUUUGCUGUAGUAGCUGGGUGUCAAGUAUUAGGGUUUAAUGAUGUACAUUUGGCAUUGUCAGAAGAUCAUGCUUGGGUUGUGUUUGGUGAGAAAGGAGAGGAGACUGCAGAAGUAACAUGGCAUGGAAAGGGAAAUGAAGAUAAGCGAGGGCAGCCAAUAUCAGCUGGUAUUGGAUCAAGAUCAUGGCUGUAUGUUAAUGGAUGUCCAGUGAUAUGUACAAGGCCAAUGGAAGUUGCAGCUCUUGUAUCAUCCAUUAAUCCGAGUCUCAAUGCUACAAGUGAUGCUGUUGAAGUAGCUCUUUUGCAACAAGAACUACUUUGGUUGCUUUAUGAUCUUAAACAACUUGCAAAAUAUCCAAUGGCUUUAGGUAAUUUAGGCGAUCUGGAGGAAAUAAGUCCUACUCCCGACAGACAAUCAUGUUCGGUUUUAUUUGAAGAAGCUAUUUUAUCCGCCAAGACAUUUUAUCAAAAUCAACAUGUUUAUCCUUACACUUACCAAGCAGGGUUUUUUUACCGCCACAAUAUGUAUAAAGAAGCUUUUGAAAGUUGGGCAAAUGCUGCAGAUGUCAUAAGGCAAUAUAAUUAUUCAAGAGACGAUGAGGAAAUUUACAAAGAAUUCAUGGAAAUCGCUAACGAACUUAUUCCUCAUACAAUUAAAGUAGUCAGCUCCGGUCAUAGUGCUAAAUCAAUAUUAAAAGAUUCAGAGUGUUUUGCACAUUUGCUUAGAUUUUACGAUGGAAUUUGCCAGUGGGAAGAGGGGAGUCAAACGCCAGUUUUGCACAUUGGAUGGGCAAGGCCACUGGUUCAUACAAUUUCAAAGUUCGACGCAGAUGUUCGAGCUCAAGUUAUUAUUGAAGAAUUAAAUUCGGCAGAUGAAAAUUUCAACACAAAAGAAGUUGAAAAAAAACAUGAUGACAUUGAUGAUAUAAGUGAUUCACAGUUAAAUAAUAAUGUGAAAGCAUUUAAAACGAAAGAUUUAAUUAAAAAUUUAGAGUCUAAGGUGAUUCGUAGUGAUGAAGACGUCACGAGUUUAAACCCUAAAAUUUUAGCUUUGACCGCAGCGUGUAGUGAAAAAAUACUAAAUCCUAAAUAUUUAAUUCAAGGUGGAGGUGAUCCUUUUGUUAAAGAAAUUUUAAACGAAUCUGACACUUUUUUUUCUCAAAAUAGUGAAAAACAAUUAUCUGGUGUAUUAGAAGAAUUUGAAGCAAGUACUUCUUACAAGGAACUUAAGGGUGCCAACACGGAAUCAUCGGAUUCUCAACCGAAGGUUGUAUUACAAAGUCAGAAAAUGAUCGGACUAAAAGAUUUACUACUUGCGGAAAAAUUAAAUACUCACGCAAUAUCAUUACAACUGACGGCUCAAUCACAAGUACAAAUAACAAAAAAAACUCGAGGAAUCGAUCAAGAAAGUGUUGGAAGACAAAAAAGAACUAGAAGAGAAUGA